CAAACUACUGGAUACAGGUGCAUCGCUUGGAGCACGGAGACGGAGGCAUUCUAGACCUGGAUGACAUCCUCUGUGAUGUUGCUGACGACAAAGACAGACUGGUAGCAGUGUUUGAUGAACAGGAUCCCCAUCAUGGAGGAGAUGGUACCAGCGCCAGCUCCACCGGAACUCAGAGCCCAGAGAUAUUCGGCAGUGAGCUGGGCACCAACAAUGCUUCUGCUUUUCAGCCUUACCAGGCCACGAGUGAAAUUGAGGUCACCCCUUCAGUCCUCCGGGCAAAUAUGCCGCUUCAUGUCCGCCGGAGCAGCGACCCAGCUUUAAGUGGCCUCUCCACUUCCGUCAGUGACAAUAACUUUUCCUCUGAGGAGCCGUCCAGGAAAAACCCCACCCGAUGGUCCACGACAGCUGGCUUUCUCAAGCAGAACACCACUGGAAGUCCCAAAACGUGUGACAGGAAGAGAGAUGAAAACUACAGGAGUCUCCCGCGGGACCCCAGUAGCUGGUCCAACCAGUUCCAGAGAGACAACGCCCGCUCCUCACUAAGUGCCAGCCACCCAAUGGUAGACCGCUGGCUGGAGAAGCAAGAACAGGAUGAAGAAGGCACAGAAGAGGACAGCAGCCGAGUGGAGCCAGUUGGACACGCGGAUACUGGCUUGGAGAAUAUGCCCAACUUUUCUCUCGAUGAUAUGGUAAAGCUCGUACAAGUCCCCAACGAUGGAGGGCCUCUGGGGAUCCAUGUAGUGCCGUUCAGUGCGCGAGGCGGCAGAACACUGGGGUUGUUAGUAAAACGCUUAGAGAGAGGUGGUAAAGCCGAGCAAGAGAAUCUCUUCCAUGAGAACGACUGCAUUGUGAGGAUUAACGAUGAAGACCUUCGGAACAGACGAUUUGAGCAAGCACAGCAUAUGUUCCGCCAAGCCAUGCGUUCGCGUGUCAUUUGGUUCCACGUGGUCCCUGCAGCAAACAAGGAGCAGUAUGAACAACUCUCCCAGCGAGAGAGAAACAACUAUUCCUCUAGCCGCUUCAGCCCUGACAGCCACUGUGUGGACAACAGGGGCGUGACCAACACUGUGCCUCAUGCCUUGCCCAGAGCAGCCAGACUGAAUCAUCCGCCUGAGCAGCUGGAUGCUCACCCCCGACUACCUCAAAGUGUUCAUGUCUCCUCUAAACCUCCUGCAGCCCCGGCUUUGGCUCCACAGAAUGUGCUUGGUACCAGCGUGGGCAGUGUGUACAACACUAAAAAAGUAGGCAAGAAGCUCAACAUCCAGCUUAAGAAAGGUACCGAAGGACUGGGGUUCAGCAUCACUUCCCGAGACGUUUCUAUAGGCGGCUCAGUUCCCAUUUAUGUCAAGAACAUCCUUCCUCGAGGGGCCGCCAUUCAAGAUGGCAGACUCAAAGCAGGAGACCGGCUCAUAGAGGUCAACGGAGUAGAUUUAGCGGGGAAGUCCCAGGAGGAAGUUGUUUCCCUGUUGAGAAGCACCAAGAUGGAAGGGACCGUGAGCCUUCUGAUCUUUCGCCAGGAAGACGCUUUCCACCCAAGGGAACUGAACACUGAAUCAAGCCAGAUGCAGAUUCCAAAAGAAACGAAACCGGAGGAUGAGGAGGUUGUUCUCACUCCUGAUGGGACCAGGGAGUUUCUGACCUUUGAAGUCCCGCUUAAUGACUCGGGAUCUGCAGGGCUUGGAGUCAGCGUCAAAGGGAACCGUUCCAAAGAGAACCACGCAGAUCUGGGAAUCUUCGUGAAGUCCAUUAUUAAUGGCGGAGCUGCAUCCAAAGAUGGAAGGCUGAGAGUGAAUGACCAGCUGAUAGCCGUAAAUGGAGAGUCGCUGCUGGGCAAAGCCAACCAGGAAGCCAUGGAGACCCUGCGGAGGUCCAUGUCCACCGAGGGCAACAAGCGCGGCAUGAUCCAGCUCAUCGUGGCCAGGCGGAUCAGCAAAUGCAAUGAGCUUCGGUCUCCUGGGAGUCCUGCUGCCCCUGAGCUGCCCAUCGAGACAGAACUGGAUGACCGGGAGCGCAGGAUCUCACACUCCCUCUACAGUGGGAUUGAGGGGCUGGAAGAAUCGCCCACCAGGAAUGCAGCACUCAGCAGGAUAAUGGGUGAGUCAGGUAAAUGUCAGCUGUCCCCCACGGUGAACAUGCCCCACGACGACACUGUCAUGAUCGAAGAUGACAGGCUGCCUGUGCUUCCUCCUCACCUCUCCGACCAGUCCUCUUCCAGCUCCCAUGAUGAUGUGGGGUUCAUCAUGACAGAGGCCGGCACCUGGGCCAAGGCUGCCAUCAGUGACUCAGCCGACUGCUCUUUGAGUCCAGAUGUUGAUCCGGUUCUUGCCUUUCAACGAGAAGGAUUUGGACGCCAGAGUAUGUCAGAAAAACGCACAAAGCAAUUUUCAGAUGCCAGUCAAUUGGAUUUCGUUAAAACACGAAAAUCAAAAAGCAUGGAUUUAGGUAUAGCUGACGAGACUAAACUCAAUACAGUGGAUGACCAGAGAGCAGGCUCCCCCAGUAGAGAUGUAGGACCGUCCUUGGGUCUGAAGAAAUCCAGCUCCCUUGAAAGCCUGCAGACGGCUGUGGCCGAGGUGACCCUGAACGGGAACAUCCCCUUCCACCGCCCCCGGCCGCGGAUCAUCCGAGGACGGGGCUGCAACGAGAGCUUCCGAGCUGCCAUCGACAAGUCCUAUGAUAAACCCGUGGUGGAUGACGACGACGAAGGCAUGGAGACCUUGGAAGAAGACACCGAAGAGAGCUCGAGGUCAGGGAGGGAGUCCGUAUCCACAUCUAGUGAUCAGCCUUCCUACUCUCUGGAGAGGCAAAUGAAUGGGAACCCAGAGAAGAGGGACAAGACGGAUAGGAAAAAGGACAAAACGGGAAAGGAAAAGAAAAAGGACCGGGAGAAGGAGAAGGAGAAGCUGAAAGCCAAGAAGGGAAUGCUGAAAGGCUUGGGAGACAUGUUCAGGUUUGGCAAACAUCGAAAAGAUGACAAGGUGGAGAAAAUGGGCCGAAUAAAAGUCCAGGACUCCUUCACGUCAGAAGAGGACAGGGUGCGCAUGAAGGAAGAGCAGGAGAGGAUUCAAGCCAAAACGCGUGAAUUUAGGGAGCGGCAGGCUCGAGAGCGUGACUAUGCUGAAAUCCAGGACUACCAUCGGACGUUCGGCUGUGAUGAGGAGCUGCUGCGUGGGGGCAUGUCAUCCUAUGAAGGCUGCCUGGCCCUCAAUGCCAGACCCCAGAGCCCCAGGGAAGGGCAUCUGAUGGACACGCUGUAUGCACAAGUGAAGAAGCCACGGAGCUCCAAACCUGGGGACAGCAAUCGAUCCACUCCUAGCAACCAUGACCGGAUACAGCGUCUUCGGCAAGAGUUCCAGCAAGCCAAGCAGGAUGAGGACGUGGAAGACCGGCGCCGCACCUACAGCUUCGAGCAGUCUUGGCCCAGCUCCCGGCCGGCGUCGCAGAGUGGCCGGCACUCCGUGUCCGUGGAGGUCCAAGUGCAACGACAGCGGCAGGAGGAACGAGAGAGCUUCCAGCAGGCCCAGCGCCAGUACAGCUCACUGCCAAGGCAAAGCAGGAAGAAUGCCAGCUCUAUAUCACAGGACUCCUGGGAGCAGAACUAUGCCCCUGGCGAAGGCUUCCAGAGUGCCAAGGAGAACCCCAGGUACUCCAGCUACCAGGGCUCCAGGAACGGCUAUCUAGGCGGGCAUGGCUUCAAUGCCAGGGUCAUGCUGGAGACCCAGGAGCUCCUCCGCCAGGAGCAGAGGCGCAAAGAGCAGCAGCUGAAGAAGCAGCCCCCAGCCGAUGGAGUCAGGGGGCCCUUCCGGCAAGAUGUGCCCCCGUCUCCAUCUCAGGUGGCCAGGCUAAACAGACUGCAGACCCCCGAGAAAGGGCGGCCCUUCUACUCCUGAGCCCCGGAGGAGACGGCAGCGCGUCCCGUCAUGCAAUAAAGGACCUUUUCCUACCUUGCGUUCUCGGAGUGUGAAAACCCUCCAGUGGUACUACAGAACACUUCUGUCGCUGGUUUCAGUGCCUUUAAGCAGCUCGAGCAAAGAAACAGAAGGCCUUAAUGUCUUUGCCACUGUGUCUCAGUGUCCCUCUCAUGGAAGGAUUCCCCCUCCUGACAAUUCCAAGUCCAAGGCACCGCCCACCUGCUUCUCCACAGUACCUGAAGCUUCAGCUCCACGUACGAGAUGCCUGUGGCUUGGGUGUCACAGCUUCACCUUGGAGAGUGACCCUGAGGCUGCAGGUGCUGCUGAGCCCUUUCUCCCUGGACUCUCGGCGAGGGUGGCAUCUCAGCCUCUGGUAGUUGACAGGGAGGACGGCAUGCACCAGGGACAAGGACGCUCCAGGACCUGGCAGCAGGGCUGUCCCUGUUUGGGGACUCAGUCUGCGUUUCCUUUUCUGUCCGUGGAGCACAAAGUCUCCGGGCGGUAGUGAAGAAGCAAAACCAUGAGUCAGUGCCAUUUGGCUCUGGGGGGGGGGGGGCCCACUUUCCAACUGCCUUAUAAGUAACUUCACCACCCAUGUCACAACGAUUCUAGUCUGUGUUUAUGAAUACACUUGUUCAGUCGCCUUCAUGACGCUUGGGAACAAGGGACAGGGGACCCUGAGGGGGGAGGUGGGAACUGACGGGGGCGCUGCGACCCGAUCUAUCCUGUCCUUGUUUUACCUUAUUGGCAUUGCAAUAGGUUGGCCAGGAAGACCCAGAGUGGGUAGGACAAGGAAAAACCAGCUUUGGGUUCUGACAAGGAAUCUCAGUACAGUUUUUGAGACUGGAAUCAGUAUUUGUCUCCUGUAGCUGUGUGAUACGCCCCUUCCUGGCGAGACCACGUGACUAAGUCAUUCUGCCGUGAAGCAUCAGACAGAUAAAAGGAAAGCCAUCCCAUGUGAGAACACGCUGACGUCCCAGAAGAGCGCUAGGAGUCACAUUUCCGUGCAUGCUUGUGACACGAGGCCCUUGAAACUCCCGCUGUUCAUCUGUUGGUCUGAACAUCAUGUAUUGUAAACCAAGGCUGGGUUGCUAAAGUGCCUGUAAUUCUCGAUGUGAAAAAAAAAAUCUUGAGGAAAAAAAAAAAGCUCAGAGUACCAUGUAUUAACAAAAAAAGAAAGAAAGGAAAAAAAAAAGACAUGUAUUGAUACGCCUAUUUUUUUUACUGGCACAUUGUAUUUUUUGUGUGGACUUGUUUUUAGGAAAUACGCGGAGGGUCCACAGCCCGGUGUCUCUUUGCAUCUGUGUGUAAUGGCUUUAUCUGUUAAUGACUCGCCGUGGUGUUUAAGUGGUGUUUCCAAUGUAAGUAAGCGCGGUGACCUUGGACGGCGGUGGCUUUCUCAUAGCCUCCUUAGGCUGCGAGGAACAGCUGUCCCUGUACAUAUAAGACUUCUAAUAAAAGGCAUAUUUCUUCCCGUUCUCUGAA